CUUAUCUGACAAUAGAUAACGAUUCUCUGAUAUUCAUUCUCUACAAUAUGGCGACGCCGAAAUAGUCAACUGUGAAAAAUCGUGUCGAAAAUAGUGAAAAUAACGUGUUUUUUGUGUGUUUGAGGAUUGCUACUAAAAUUAAGGAUCACAGAAAAUGCAAUCCUCAAGCCAAGGCCAAGGCCGCUAUGGAUAUGCUGGCUACCAAGGCUAUCCAUACGUCAACCCCAUGGUCACAGAUGUGCCGACUAUAGAUGCCGAGACUGCGUCAAGAUGGGCCAACCUGCCGAGAAGACCCAUGCAAGGAGGUUCGGCGGUCGUUGGUGCUGCCAGUAGCGCUAGUAGGACGGUUAAUAGUUCACAGGCAGCCCCCUCUCGAACAGACGAGACGGUACCUCCGAAGCAAGACCCAGACGUCAACCCAGUGGUCUACAUCGAUCUACCAGAGGCUGGCAGCGAGGUCUCCAGGAGCAUUGAGAGUCCUGGAGAUGUAGAACCGGAAUUUGUUCAGGAUACAAUAAUGUACGAUCCCUUCGAGAACCGGCGCAUAGAUGUACCUAAAGAUGACACAAGGUCUAUAAUGUCUUCAGACUCUGAAUCCUCGUAUCACCCACCAGCCAGACCAGCUAUCAGGCCUGAUACCUUGAACUUAGUUGGGGCUGGCUCUAGCACACCCCAACCAGGGACCUCACGCCAAACCCCUGGUCUGCCCAGCUUCAUGUCGAAAGAGAGUCAAGUCUACGGGGGCGAUGGAGCUGACGGGUUUCCUCUGUCUCCUAUACCUAUAUCAGAGUUCCCUGAACCUCCUCCAGCGUAUACUGAGAUGUCUCCACAAGUUGCGACUCCGAGAGAGACUCCUAUUGUUGAGCCUUUGAGGGUUGAAACUCCUCAGGGGCCGAGGACUCAGGUUAUAUUGCCAAAACCACCAAGCCCAGUGAUAGCCAGCAGUCCAGUUGGUGCACAGAACUAUGACAGAAAGUACCUGAUCUGUCAUCACUGCGGCUCCCGAGUCUAUACCCUGGUUGUGAGAGAAAACGGCGCAUUGACACACAUGAUCGCGUGUAUUAUAUUCUUUUUGUUCUUCCCUUUCCUGAUUUGCGUGUACUGCCUAGACUUCUUCAAAUAUAAGAAUCAUUAUUGUCCAAAUUGUAACAAGCUCAUCGGAUACGAAACUCCUAUUGUUGGGGAAAAAGUUAACUAUGUUACUUAACCGAUUUAUGACAGUUAAUAUUAUAUUAAUAUGUUUUAUUUUAAUGUUACACUUGAGAGCUGAAAAUUGGGUCAGU